AGGAAUAAUGCAUAUGAGGCUAUACGUUUGAUGAAGAUUGAUUCUCGUACUUAUUGAAGAGAGCUUACACAACUACCUUACAUUCUCACUACGCAUAUAUAAGCAGAAGGCUUGGGUAGAUAAUGCGAUAACUUCAAAUUUCCAAAUGCCCAUAUCACGCACACAUACAUAAAAAGCAAUGUAGGCGCUGAUAAUGAGUUCAGUCGAAAAUCGUAAGCAGUUUUGUCGACACAUAGUGCGUUAUACUAUAGCAUGAUGAGGAUACUUUUACUGGGUUUUUUCUGUAGCAUAUUUGCGCUUUCUCAUCAGCAGGAGAUUCCAGAACCCAGUUAUACACACUGGCAGGAACAUCUACAAUCCUGUCUCGACCAAACUGGACUAGAUCUUAGUAUUUUUGGUGUGUCUCGGAUAGACGAUGUUACGGAACAAAAUCUCAAGAAACUCGCUGAAGUAACUGCAGAUAAAAGGGGCUGCCUGGUCGCGUGCGUUUUCCAAAAACAAGGGAUGAUAAGCAAAGAAGGCGUCCUUCAGGCCAAUCCACCACGCCCAGAUCCUACAACGAAAUUAGAAACCACAUUCGAAGAGGCCAUUGCAGCUUGCAGAUCCGAGAAAAAUUUCUGCAAGCUCGGGAACUGUCUAUUUGAAAUCUACUUCAAAUACAAAUGAUGAUGCAUAUAAUAUCAAGAAUGGAGUAACGAUUUGAAAAUUAUUAUGUUCCACAAUAUGUCGUCCUAUUGAUAUUGCUAUUUUAAAAAAUAAAACGAUGAUUUUGCCAGCCUAAUUAUGUAUGUGAUUUGUAUGCAAACUACUGUUUCUGUUUGAGAUAAUACUUCUCGAGUCUAACAGAAUAGAGUCUUCUACUGAUAUCUGCCUUUAAGAGACGUAUAACCCGAAAGCGUCAUAUCUGUAACGUAUAGAGGUUGGAGUUCAAGCAUGAUGAGCUCAGUUGGAAAUCUCGUGCGACUUUGUUAAGUCUACAUUAUCUACGAGUAACCACUGAGCAUUCCAUGACAUCAUGAGGGUUAUACUUCUAUCAAGUAUUUUACUCGGUAGCAUCGCUAUCUCUCGUCAGAAUCCGGUUACAUAUACAGAUAAAGACAAUAACGUCAUAAUCCCACCCUGUCUUGCGGAAACUGGGCUGAAUCUUAGUGUCUUAGGCGUAGCCAAGAUCGAAGAUGUGAGGGAUAGCUCCUUCUAUAAUCUCAAAACUCUCACCGAAGAUAAAAGAGGCUGCUUCGUAGCCUGUGUUUACAAGAAACUGGGAAUCAUAACGGAAGAGAACGUUUUAAUAAACGAUCGAGUCAUUCCACCAGGAGUAGCAGUUCCUAAGAAGAAAUUAGCGACUGCCUUUGAAGAUGCUACCGAAGCAUGCAGAGCUCAAAAGGACUUGUGCAAACUUGGAAACUGCCUGUACGAAAUUUACUUCUUCUAAAAGAUACGCGAGUACAUAAUUUUACUUUCAUUCCCAGGACAUUGUUCACUUAAUAAAUAAGAGAAUUUGUAAGAAAUAAUAAACAACAAAAUUGUGUACAUGA